AUGAUUAAUAAAAUAAGAAUAAAAGGCAAUAAAAAAUUUGAUAUGGCCUGCCAGCAAUUAGCACAAUUUUUAAUAAUUUUUCAGCAAGUUAAGUUGAAUUUUGUGCUACCUUUCUCUAAUCAUGACGACAAUAGUCUGAUGAGUAUUGCUGCUUUUUAUGCUUUUUUAUUCAUAUUUGGAACGUGUGGUAAUGCAGCCAUAUUAGCUGUUCUUCAUCAUGUUCGAAGCGUCGAUUGCAGGGCAAAUAACAAUACCACUUUAACUUAUAUUUGCGUAUUAAGCAUAGUUGACUUUAUCAGCAUGUUACCUUUGCCAAUGACCAUUAUAGAUCAGGUAUUAGGUUUUUGGAUGUUUGGGACAUUUGCUUGCAAGUUAUUUCGUUUAUUUGAACAUAUUGGAAAGAUUUUCAGUACUUUUAUUCUUGUUUGCUUUAGUAUCGAUAGGUAUUGCGCAGUAUGUCAUCCAACAAAGAUCUAUUUACGUGAUCAAAAGACUGCAUAUAUAAUACUAUCGUUUGCAUUUUGCUUGACAUGCAUCAUGCUUUGUCCCAUAUUAAUAUCCGCUCAAUCGAAGGAAAUAAUAAUUGAUGAAAAAUUUAAUCCAGCGACGAAUGAACUUACUCGCCUUCAUCUUUUUAAAUGUGUCGAUGAUCUCAGUCGCGAACUUUUCAUUAUAUUCACAUUGACAUGUUUUUCAUUUGUUUAUCUCGUCCCACUAUUGCUGAUGAUCUACUUUUAUUGCGAAAUGUUGAUGAAACUUUACGAACAGCGUCGUUCUACGAGCAAAUUUUUAAUGGUUUCGCGACGAAAUAAAUCAGUGGCGAAUGACGCCAUUCCACUUGGUCGAAUUGCUUCGUAUACCCUUAUCAUAUGUUUAAUUCAUUUUAUCUGUUGGACGCCAUAUUGGAUAUCAGUUAUGUAUUCACUUUAUUUGGAGAUUUUUCAACCUUUUGACAUCGAAAUGCCCGAUCCAUCGUUUAUUUAUCUCAUGUACGGUGUUCAUGCACUUCCAUAUGUUAACUCUGCAUCAAAUUUCAUUUUAUAUGGCCUACUCAACCGCCAGGUUAAUUUUAAUGGAAAACAUUUUUUAAAUUUAGAAAUAAAGUUGAUCGGUUCAGUUUCCACGUUUUAA